AUUUAAUUUUUUUUUUAAACAGUAGUCUCUUUCUUUGUCUGCGUCUUUCUAAAUCAGGCAACAUUCAACAGAUCUCGCCCAAAUCAGCUGUUUGUUCUACACAUUGAAAGAUGGCUAAAAUGGAUGUCGAGGAGCUAAGACAAAUGGAAGAUGACGAGACUCCUACGAUGAAAACUAUCAAGGGGGCAACAACUGGACUUGUAGCUGGCACUGUUUGGGGUACAGUCGUUGCCACCUGGCACGAUGUGCCUCGUGUUGAGAGGCGAGUCGCACUUCCGGGUCUGAUCAGGACACUUAAGAUGAUGGGCAAUUAUGGAGUCACGUGUGCUGCCAUAGGUGGAAUCUACAUCGGGGUCGAGCAGAUAGUGCAGAAAUACAGGAUGAAAAGAGACUUAAUUAAUGGAGCUGUUGGUGGAUUUGCUGCUGGUUCCACUGUUUUGGGUUACAGAGCAAAGAGUGUUUCGACUGCCAUGGCAGCAGGAGCUGCACUUGCAUUCACCUCAGGCUUCAUCGAUUCGGGAGGUCAGGCUAGGAGAGUUGAUACCGGCAAGGAAUAUUAUCCUUACACCACUCAGAAAAGGCCUAAUGUUAACUAACUUGUUCAAAGUGUCGGCGAACUAUGGUUGCUUCGUUUUUCGUACCUUCACAUAUGUUGAAUGGAUGGGCUCAAUAAAUUUUCUGUGUACUUUCUUUAGGGUUCACUAAGAUGCCUGCGAUGAUACGGUUAAAACCGGUUGGCAUGUAAAGUUGAUGUUUUUUGAAACAAUUUUAUUUGAAUUGCAGUGAGAUUAUAUUAUUGUUGUUGAAAAUAUGAAUAAUUGCUUGUUGCUCAAUGGUUUGCCUGUACCCUUUU